UAUCUAAAUUCUAAAAUAUGAGCAAUAAUUAGAAUAACUAUUUCGAAAUUUCAGUGAUAAACUGGAAAAUUAAAGUGCCUAAAUAAUCCAAAACAACAUUUGACCAAAACUGAAGAUAUGUUUCAUGAAGAAAAUUUUAGAUCAUGUUUCUUGACUAUUUAAAAAUAUUGGUUAUUAUAUUAAUUGAAGUCAAUGUGUUGGUUGUAUCAGUGAAAAUUAAUGUGAACUUGUACAAACAUGAAGUUAGCAUCCAAAGAGCAAAAGGAUUUGAUGUAAUGGUUUCAGAUGCACGAGACAUUAGGCAGCUUCAUAUGUUUUGGAACUUUCGUAAACCUUACAACCGCUCGAAUCCAUACUCUACAACAGAUUUCACAAAUGUGUCUUUCAAUGAGAACUUUGACCGAACCAUCACAGUUUCUGAUACAGAGACUCAUUUGAGAGUCGGGGACAGCAUUUUCUACUGGCUUCUGUUGAUAACCAGGGAGUGGGAACGUAUAACUCUGCACAAGCAGAACUUCUGGGUCAGGUUUGAUCAAGACACGUGGAUGACUGUUGCCGAACCGUUUGCAGAAACAUACUACAGAGACUUUGAGGAUGUCUAUUCCAAAGAUGAAUUUUAGUUUAGAAUUGCUCGUUUUUAAACAUUUGAACAUAAAACAUUGGAAAAAACUUCAAAAUUAAGUAGUCUAAGAAAACUUUUUAAAUAUAGCCAGUGAACUAAAUAACCAAUAAACAACUAACUGUUUC